AUGAUCAUACAACAAAAGAUGUCUGUAAAUCGAACAGUUGACCACUGCAGAACACCCAGUAACCUUACAUACCAAGCCCUCUCCUGGGUGAUGGUAGGAGAAUUUGCGCUGGGACUGCCUCUCAACCUGUCUGUCCUCUACAUCUUCAUCUUCAGAUUCAAGUUCUGGAAGAACAACGCCAUCUUCCUAUUCAAUAUUGUGGUUGCUGAUUUCUUGCUGGUGGGCUGCCUUCCUUUCAAGAUCCACCAUUACUGGCACAACUUGAGGCGCAGUGAGAACACCACGCUCUGCAAGAUAAUGCUCUUCAUGCUGUUUCUCAAUCGAGGGGCCAGCAUCGCCUUCCUCAUCACAAUGUCCCUCGAUCGCUACUUCAGCGUGGUUCAUCUCGGAAGGAGAAACUGUGUCAAAGUGUUUAAGAAAUCUCCUCAGAUAUCCGUGAUCAUCUGGAUCCUCCUGCUUCCCCUCACCAUCCCCACUAUGGUCACAACCUUUGAGUGCUGCAACAGCCACGGCCGUAAAAAAGAGACAUAUUUUCACGAUGUGACAGAUACCUUCAGAGAGAUUGUUUUCUUCUCGCAAAUCAUCAUCCCCUACAUCAUCCUCGUCUACUGCACGGUCUGCACCGUCAAGCGGCUGAGGAAGAAGACGGUCGGGGAGAGGGCUAAGCUGAGGAGGGCCGUGUGGUUGGUCACAUCCGUAGUUGUCAUCUUUUCCAUCUGUUUCCUGCCCUGCACGAUAGCCAGAGCAGUUCUGCUGUAUGUGCGGCUAAAAGACUGGCAGGACGUGGAAAACAUAGCCGUCCAGGUGUACGAUGCCCUCAUGGUUUUGUCUUACAGUGACUGCCUGCUGGACCCGAUGGUGUACUGCUUCUGUAACUCAGGGUUUAAAGAUAUUUACAUAUCCACCUUUUGUCCUGCAUUUCUUCAGAAGAGAUGGAUUAAUCCUGACUCUGGCACUGAAAAAACUACAUAUACUACUAUUGCUACUGGCACACAAACAAUAUCUUUGCCCACACUAGAAAACUGAUCUGUCUCUUUGACACUUCACAA